AUGCGCCCAGCGCAGGGCCCCGCUGACGGCGGCGGCGGCGGUGGCGGCGGCGCCGGGACUGGGCCCGUUUUAACGCACACGUACAGUGGCAAGCUGCAUGCUUUUCUCAAGUCGCGCACCGGCCAAGCGCCUCCGCGCAUCGAGGCGUCCCCCGCGGAGGGCAAAGCCGCGCGCGCCAUGCGGAAGCAGAUAGAAGAGGUGGUGCGCGCGCAUGAGGCGGAAACCAAGGCCAACGCAGCAUCCUCAUCCCCACCUGUCCGCUUCGCGCGCACGUUCGCGCGCAAGCACAGGGAGUGCGACGCGGGGGAAGGCCCGGGCAUCGCGCAGGGUGGCGGGGGCGGGCGCGGAAGCUUCAGCCUCGAAGACGAACCGGAUUGGGGGGCGCUCGCGACCGAAGGAAAGGGGAAAGCUGCGCGGGCAGGCGGAAAGGCCUUGGGCGGACAGGCGGGCGGAGGCGGAGGGGGCGGCGGGAAAGGGCACGAGUUGGGGCGGGAAGCGGGGGAGGACGCGGAGAGAGAGGCGGAGCUUCUAGAGGAGCUCCCCGCGCUGAUCCGCAAGGCGAAGAGCAAAGACGUGGGGGAGGUGCGCGAAGCCGCGGAGGGCUUUAGAGACCUGAGCAAAUGCUCGGAGCGCGGAAUACAAUUCCUCUGCGACGCGGGGGGGCUGAUCGCGCUGCUGCAGAUGCUGAAUCCCGGCGCGGACGAGGCCGCGACGGAGCAUGCGGUUCUGACGAUGCUUAAUCUGUCGCUGAGCAAUAAGAGCAUCGCGAAUCGAUUCCUCGUGUCGGGCGCGCUGACGAGCCUAUCUACCGUGCUGUGCCGGUCGCACAAUCCGUCGAUUCGCAGCAAUACCGCGGCGGCGAUCACGGCGCUGGUCGCGCGCGGCGGCGCGGCGCAGGUGCCGUCGCUGCACAAGCAGGGGACGGUGCGCGCGCUGCUGGAUCUCGCGGAGGAGUCCGGGGAAGGGUCUGACGGGCGGCGCGACGCGCUGCGCGCGCUUGCGCGGCUCGCGGGGAACGAGGAGGUUCGGGAGGAGAUGGUGGAGGAGGGGGGAGUGGAGCUCGCGCUGCGAUUGGCUGUGAGCGGUGACGUGGACGUGUUAGAUGAGGUGGCGGCGCUGCUGGCGCAGCUGGGACGCACGGGGAGCGGACUCAGGCGGAUCUAUACAUUCCGCGCGCAGGGGCCGGGGGAGGGGGAGGGGGAAGGUCAGGGGGAAGCGCAGGGGGAAGUGGGGGGAGUAGGAGUGCUGGUGGGGCUGGUGGUGGGGGAGGACGGGUCGUCUCUGGCGCGGGAAAUGGCGGCGGCAACGUUGCUGCGCAUGGCGACUAAAGGCGAUGAGGAGUGCCGCGCUGCUGUGGUGGCCGCGGAAGGCACGCUGCUGUCGCACCUGGAGGAGAUGGCUGGGGAUGACUCGUCGCAGCGGCUGCAAACCAAGGCCAAGGGUCUUGCUAACGCUCUCGCGCAUUCCUGA